CUCUCUCUAAAUCCACCAUCAAUGUCUCUCUCUGUCACACUCCUCCCUCUCCCUCACUCUCUCUCUCCCCAAGCCCCAAGCUUUCUCUCUCUAAAGCCCCGGCAGCACUACUUCCCCUCCAGACCCCACCGACCACUUCUCUCUCUCCGCCUCAGCCCACCUCUUGCGCUCCCCCCGAACGGCCAGUCCUACCCGGACCCCUCCGGCGACGACCCGCCCGAAGCCCCCGAGGACUCCGAGCACGGCGUCUCCAAGUUCCAGCAAAUCCACCGCCAGGCCUCGCGCGCGCGCAGGAUCGAGGAGGACGACUUCAAGAAGCACCGGUCCACGUUCCUCUCCGCCAUCGCCGACGUGGAGGACGCCCCCGAGGACGCCGACGCGUUGGCCCCGGCGGACGCUGGAGACGAUUUGUUCGGGGAGAUCGACAAGGCCAUUGCUUUGAAGCGGAGGGAGUUCGUGAAGCAGGGCCUGCUGAAGCCGAAUCCCAAGAAGGGUAAGGUGAAUGGGGAGGAUUUGGCUGAUGCGGUCGAAGAGUUGGAGCCGGAAGAGGUUGUGGACUUGGAGGAAAUUCAGGAGCUUCAAGGGCUGCAAGUCGUCUCUGAGGACGAUGCUGAUGAUGGGGAAGAUGAUGGCGCAGGGGAGUUUAAUGACGAGGUGAGUGGUAAUUUGAGUAGGAGUAAUGGUGGGUCUGUGUCGGAUUCUCUGUUUGAUUUGGAUUUCGAUACUUAUGGUAGGACUAAGGCUAGGAUAGUCGAACCCAAGUUUAGGAUCACUCUGGCUGAGCUCUUGGAUGAGAGCAAGGUUGUUCCAGUUUCGGUUUAUGGGAACUUGGAGGUCGAGAUCACGGGGAUUCAACACGAUUCGCGGGUGGUGAGUUCAGGGGAUCUGUUUGUGUGCUGUGUUGGGAGGAAAACUGAUGGGCAUUUGUUCUUGAGUGAGGCUGAUAAGAGAGGUGCGGUUGCUGUGGUGGCCAGCAAGGAGAUUGAUAUAGAGGAGACAUUGGGUUGUAAGGCGUUGGUGAUCGUGGAGGACACGAAUGCCGUGUUGCCUGCCCUGGCAGCGUCGUUUUAUAGGCAACCUGCAAGGCAUAUGGCAGUCAUUGGGAUAACGGGCACGUAUGGGAAAACCACCACCUCGUAUUUGAUUAAAGGGAUGUACGAGGCCAUGGGAUUGAGGACUGGGAUGUUAAGCACGGUAGCUUAUUAUGUGCAUGGGGAUAAUAAGUUGGAGUUGCCAAACACAGACCCUGAUGCUGUGUUGGUCCAGAACUUGAUGGCCAAGAUGCUUCAUAAUGGGACUGAAGCAAUUGCUAUGGAGGCUUCUUCACAUGGACUGGCUAUGGGGAGGUAUAAUGAGGUUGAUUUUGACAUUGCAGUUUUCACGAACUUGACGUGCGACAAUUUGAAUUUUCAUGGAACUGAGGAGGAAUACAAGGCUGGUGAGGCCAAGUUGUUCUCGAGGAUGGUGGAUCCCGAAAGACAUCGAAAGAUUGUUAACAUUGAUGACCCUAAUGCCCCUUUCUUCAUGGCACAAGGAAACCCAGAUGUGCCUGUUGUCACCUUUGCAAUGGAAAAUAAGAAUGCAGAUGUUCAUCCACUGAAGUUUGAACUUUCCUUGUUUGAGACUCAGGUUUUGGUUAACACUCCUAAUGGGAUAUUAGAAAUAUCAUCUGGGUUGCUCGGAAGGCACAAUAUUUACAAUAUACUUGCAGCUGUGGCGGUUGGGAUUGCAGUUGGAGCACCCUUAGAGGACAUUGUUAGAGGAAUAGAGGAAAUUGACGCAGUUCCUGGUAGGUUUGAGCUAAUAGACGAGGAACAAGCAUUCGGAGUGAUUGUGGAUUACGCUCAUACACCUGAUGCCCUCUCCAGACUCCUUGAUUCUGUUCGAGAGCUUGGGCCAAGGAGGAUUAUAACUGUAAUUGGCUGUGCUGGUGAGAGUGAUAGAGGGAAGAGACCCAUGAUGACAAAAAUAGCUACUGAUAAAAGUGAGGUGACAAUGCUGACAUCAGACAAUCCAAAGACUGAAGAUCCAUUGGACAUUCUUGAUGACAUGCUGGCUGGAGUCGGAUGGACAAUGCAGGACUACUUGAAAUAUGGGGAGAACGACUAUUAUCCACCUCUAUCUAAUGGUCACAGGCUUUUUUUGCACGAUAUUAGACGAGUAGCUGUACGUGCCGCCGUAGCUAUGGGUGAGGAAGGCGAUAUGGUGGUGGUGGCUGGCAAAGGUCAUGAAAUUUACCAGAUAGAGGGUGACAAAAAGGAGUUUUUUGAUGAUAGGGAAGAGUGUCGAGAAGCAUUGCAAUAUGUGGAUGAACUUCAUCAAGCCGGAAUAGACACAAGUGAAUUUCCGUGGCGAUUACCAGAAAGUCAUUAGCGCAGUACCGAAGGAUAGUGCGGAGAUAUUUGAGUUUUGCUGGUUAUAGAUGAAGCUGGUGCAUUGUGCGGCUCGCGUUUUCGGCGCUAUAAGAUUAACAAUCACCUCAAGCUACAAAUCUGAAGAGCGCCCGAGCCGUUACCCAACCUGUAAGGUAACAUGGUUACUGUUUGAAGUGAAAGUGGGUGCUCGACUGAGCAGAGGACGAUAGAUCUCACUCAGUGCUUUUUCGGGGGUCGUUUUUGAGUUGCAAAGGUUAUAUACAUGGUAGUAGCAUGGGAAGCAGCCCAAAAUUCCUGCAGAUCGAUGACCAUUUUUUAGUUGCAUCCGGCAUGUAAGUUGAGCUGUUGUAUUCGAUUAAGAAUUGGCUGGUUGUCCAAAAUAUUGAACAGAGCCAGUUGAUGAGUUCAUGGUAAAUGGUAGAUCAACU